AGACUGAAAGCGGAAGUGCCCCGGGCUGCGCAGUGGGCCAGGCCAGAACCCCCACGGGGCGCGCCGGGGCGGGCACGGGGCCGUCCCUUCCUCCCGCCGCGCCGCGCAUGCUCCGUGCCCCCACCCCACCCCACCCCCGCGCCCCGUUCCCACGCCGCCGCCGCCCCGGCCCCGCCCGUGCCUCGGCCCCGCUCGUCCGCGCUGGACUGACGGACGGCCGCUCAGAACGCGCCUCCCGAGCGGCGCCCAGCUGCGAGGUCGAGACGCAGCCAGGAGCCCCGCCGCCCCCCGGGGGCGCUGCCCCGGAGGGCUUCUCGGAGGCGGCGGCCUUGGCCUCGGGCCUGCCCGGAGGCUGGGGCAGGGGGAGGAGGGAAGGACAGCCCAGAGGCCCGCGAGCCCGCUCUCGGCAGGUGGCCGAGGGACGCCCUAGGAGGUGGCGAGCGCGAGCGCGGAGAGCUGCCGGCCGGCCCUCGGGGCCGCCCCCUUCGCCCGCCGGGGAAGGGCAGCCCGUGUUUCCCAGCUCCUCUCCUCUGACUGCGGUUCGCCGCUGAUUCUGGGGCUGGCGGGAGAGCAUCCCGACGCCAGGCUGCCUGAUAUGCUGAAGUCCUAUCCCCCAGCAGCUCUGAUUGGAACCCUAUCUGGACAAGGUCACACUCAGCGCAUGGGCUCAGCUCACACCUGGCUCUCUCCACAUUAGCGUCUCUGCACCCCUGCGAUGGCAGCCAUGCUCCUGAUGGCCAGACGCAAGGUGCCAGUAUCUUUUGAGGACGUGUCUGUGUACUUCACCAAGACAGAAUGGAAGCUUCUGGAUCUCAGACAGAGGAUGCUGUACAAGCGAGUGAUGCUGGAGAACUACCACCACUUGGUGUCACUGGGGUUUUCAUCCUCCAAGCCUCACCUGGUCUCCCGGCUAGAGCGAGGAGAGGGGCCCUGGGUAGCAGACGUCCACAGGAUGGGGACCACCACAGGAAUGCAGGCAGGUGACAGGAUGAAGAGCAAACCAAUAAUUUCAAAGCAGAAAAAUUGUCCAGAAGAACUUGCAGGGGCUGACCUUCAGGGUGGCAACAAGGGCCAGGUAGCCGGGUGGUCAGAGGAAACACUUGAGCACAGACGGAAACAUGCCUAUUGUCCACAGACAGGUUUCAGCAGGGGUGACCCUCCCAGGGAGAAAGGCCAAGGCAGCUCUCCAGGUGAGGAAAGAGAGAUACAGAGAAGUAGCUGCAGAGGUAGGCAGGAUUUGGUUCUAAGGCAGCAGGGUUCCAAAGGCGCAGAGAAACAGUUCCUGUGUCAUCAGUGUGGGAAAUCCUUCAGCCGGAGCUCCAACCUCAUCAAGCACCGGAUCAUCCACAGUGGCGAGAAGCCCUAUGAGUGUGGCGAGUGCGGGAAACUCUUCCGGCGCAGCUUCGCGCUCCUGGAGCACCAGCGCAUCCACAGCGGUGAGAAGCCCUAUGCGUGCGGCGAGUGCGGGAAGACUUUCACACGCAGCUCCAACCUCAUCAAGCACCAGAUCAUCCACAGCGGUGAGAAGCCCUACGAGUGCGGCGAGUGCGGGAAACUCUUCCGGCGCAGCUUCGCGCUCCUUGAGCACCAGCGCAUCCACAGCGGCGAGCGGCCCUACACGUGCAGCGUGUGCAGCAAGGCCUUCAGCAGGAGCUCCAACCUCAUCGAGCACCAGCGCACACACAGCGGUGAGAAGCCCUACACGUGCAGCCAGUGCCCGAAAGCCUUCAAGGGCAUCUCCCAGCUCAUUCACCACCAGCGCAUCCACAGUGGGGAGAAGCCAUUUGAGUGCAAGGAGUGCGGGAAGGCCUUCCGGGGGCGCUCGGGCCUCAGCCAGCACCGGCGGGUGCACAGCGGCGAGAAGCCCUAUGAGUGCAGCGAGUGCGGGAAGACCUUCAGCCGGCGAUCCAACCUCUUCAAGCACCAGGUGGUGCACAGCGAGGAGAGACCCCACAAGUGUCAAGACUGCAGGAGGGUGUUCCGCAGCGGCUCCGUCCUCGUGGAGCACCGGCGCACCCACGGCAGCCUGCAGCCCGGUGCCUGCGGCCACUGCGGCCAGGCUUCCAAAGGGAAACCGCAGCUCGGCCGGAAGCCGAAAACUUACCGCGGAAGGAAGCUCUCGGAGGGGAGCAACUCAGAAAAGGCGCCGGCCUGCCUGGCCCUCUGGAGAGCCACUGCGGAGCCCCGCCCCGAGGACGAGAAACUCCGUCCAGGCUCCGCCCAUGCCACCGCCCCCAGCGCCUUCUGACGGGGUGCACCGUGGGAGGGCUGGCUUUAAAAUGAGGCCCACCUUCCCCACCUCAUCCCCCUCCCUUUGCUCGUUGAUAAUGCUGCGACUGAAGCACCAAGUGCGCCGCAGGCAGACGGGCCCCCGCGCCCGUGCCAGCUCCUAUGCGGUGCACACGGGCGUGUGUGUGCCGCCGAGGUGCACGCACAUUUGUAUUCCACCCUGGAGCCGCUGAAACUGCUCUUGCCCCAUGUGCCUGGGGCCUGAGUGCUGUGGGUGGGAGGGAGCGGGUGCCUUGAACUAGGGAGGAGUGGCCCAUCUCCUCUCGUGGGGGCCUUCAGUUCACCCAAAGACUUGUUAGCAUUUCCAGGUAGAAGACACGAAAAGCACUUUAAUCCUUUAAGAGCUUAAUAGUGGGAGGGACCUGAGGGCAUUCAAAAUUUGUGGGCUCCACAGCGAGGCUGUGGCUGGACUGUGACAUCACCUAAAAUUCAUCAAGAAAUGGUCUGAAAAAGGACUCAGGCAACUGCACGUGCCCGCGACGGCAGCCCCUGGAGAGUGGCAUCUCCUCGGCGGGAAGGCACAGGACGCCCUGCUUCUGGGAGCUCAAGGGAGUCUGCCGGAUGACUGGCCUGGGUCCUGCGGAGAGGAUGAGGCCCGGAGACUCUCGGCUUCUCCGCCCCAAGAGAGGAGCCCUUUGGCUCUGGUCCCUCCCAGCUGCCACCAGCUGCCCUGCUGCCUUUGGUCUCCUCCCCGCACCCUGAGCCCCUGGGCUCACCCCACCUGCUGCCUUCAGACCCUGCCUGCAAAGGCCGCACUGGCCUCUCUGCCCCUUCUCCCCACCCUCAGUGCCUAAAGCUCCAAAGUUAGCUGCUCCCCCUGCAGCAGCCGUCCCUUGUGGCUGGUGCCAAUCAGGAGGAAAGCGGCCGGGUUAGGAAUUUGCACAGAGCGUGCCCAGUAAUGGCUCUCUCUCCUCAGCUCUCUUUCACGUGACAUUUCUUAAAAUGUUAGAGGUUCAGUUGCUUUGAAUGUUUUUGCCUGCAGGGGUAAUGCAAGUCAAAAAUAGAGAUUUUUGCCAUAUGCAAGUGUCAGGUAAUCACUCCUUAAAUAAGAAUCUGUCCAACUCUCUGAGACGGCCUCAGGCAGGAGAGAGGGGGCCGCCCCAGGCCUGACACCAGUCAGUGUGCUGUCCCCUCUUCUCACUCCCCCGCCCCCGGCCUUAGCCCCGUAGGCACAGGGUGGACCCUUCAAAUGGCACUUUACCGCAGGCCAUGGGAGAGUCGCCAGGGAGACCUCGUGCUGCCACGGGGACAGCUGCUGGCAGGUUCCAUCCUAGGCUGCUCACACUGCCGCUUUCCG